AUGCCGAAAGCAUCAGUUGAUCCUCAUACUAUUUGUAAAAAAUGUAGGAAGUAUGAAUGCUCUUAUGAUAACACUUGUAAUGAAUGCAAGGGUUUGAGUGCGGAAGAAUGGAAGUCUCUAACUUCUUAUUUGAAGAAGUUAGAAAGAGACAGAGUAAGGAAGUCCUCUUCCAAAGCCUUGCCUAGUUCUUUAUCUAGCGAGGUUAUUAGUAAUUUUAUUCCUUCUUCUCCAUUAACUGCUCCCUCUAAUAUUGUAGUUUCUGCUCCUGUAGUAGAACCAACAGAUUCUGCAUCAGAGAUUGCGAAUCUCAAAGUCGCCCUUAAGAAAAUGGAAAACAAAAUGGCGGCGAUUGAAGGUUAUCGUGCCCGUUCUGCUUACAAGUUACUGCAGAUCGAGAACAAAUUCCAAGUUUUACAAGGUAGUCGGGUUUGCAUUGAUCUGUGUGCAGCACCAGGAUCAUGGAUGCAGGUCGCCAAACAGACUAUGCCCUUGUCGUCCAUCAUCAUUGGUGUUGAUUUGUAUCCCAUCAAGCCCAUUCACGGAACCAUUGCUCUCCAGGGAGACAUAACCACUGAGAAAAUUCGUCAAGAACUCAAAGGCAAACUCACUACUUGGAAAGCUGACGUAGUUCUUCAUGAUGGUGCUCCAAAUGUUGGUCAGAACUGGUUGCAUGAUGCUUAUCAACAGAAUUUAUUGGUACUAAGUGCCUUCAAACUUGCCUGUGAAUUUCUGCGUAAGGGAGGUUCUUUUGUGACUAAAGUCUUCAGGUCUAAGGAUUAUUUCAAGUUGGAAUAUGUUUUCAAGAAAUUGUUCAAGACGGUCAAUGCUACCAAACCCAUGUCAUCUCGUUAUGAGUCAGCCGAAAUCUUCGUUGUUUGUCAGAAUUAUCUCGAUCCUGCAAAGGUUGACCAGGAAUUUUUCAAUCCUAAGAAUGUAUUUGAAGAAGUUGACCCAGAGCCAGUUAGCAAGAUUAACUUGUGGAAGCCCGCAAAGACAAAGACAAAAGCUGAAGGUUAUCCAGAAGGAGCAAAUGUCUUGUACAACAGAAUUCCUGUCUCUGAGUUCAUACAUGCUUCAAAUUAUGUAGAAGUUCUUCAGACAGCCACAGAGUUACACUUUGAAAACGAUGAACCUUUGAAAAAACACAAGUUAACAACUGGAAGCAUCCUUGAAAGCUGCAAAGAUAUCAAAGUCUUAGGGAGAAAAGAGUUACGACAGCUCCUGACCUGGAGGAAGGAGGUUAAGGCUGAUCUCGACAGCAUUGCAAAAGAGAAGGAGAAAUUGUUGAAGAGUGAGAAGACAGAAGAAUCUGAAAAGCAAGAUAAGGCAGGCGAAGAUGGAGAAGAGGACGAAGAACUGGCAGCAAUCGAGAAGGAACUUGAUGCCAUAAAGUUUGAACAAGCACGAGAUCGAAAGCAGAAGGAAAAAAAGUCACGGAAGUUGAAAAAGAAGCUGUUGGAAAAGAUGAGGCUGAAGAGUCUCGUUCCUGGAGACCAAGGUCCUACAGAUACCUCGGUAGAACUCUUCAGUCUUGAGAGGUUGUCAAAGAUUCAGAAUAUAGACGAUAUCAUAGAUCAAGAAGCCAAAGAAGUCUUGUCAGAAAGUGAAGAAGAGGAGGCGGAGAAGAAAAAUGAAUACAUUGUUUUUGAUAAAGAUAAGCAGCGUUUGGAUAGAACAGGAAGAUUCUGGAUGAAUCCAGGCGAUGAGGAAAUUGAUGAGAAGGAAGAGAGCGACGACGAGGAAGAAAUAACCAAAGAAAGUUUGUCAUUCAAGAAUGACAUGGAUGACAUCGAUUUAGAUGACGCCCCCGGUAGCGAUAAGGACGAUGUUGAUGAGAAUAUCAAUCCCCUCCUAACAGAUCUAGUUGGAGAUUCUCGCGAUGCGAGGCGAGCCAGAAAAGCUAACACAUGGUUCAACCAGGAUGUCUUCCAAGGAUUAGAGAAUGAUGAUGAGGAGGAUUUCGAACUGGAUAAUACAAUUAAAUCUUUUGAGAAACAAGGAGGCAUAAUCCCAAAGAAAGGCAAGAAGAAAGUUUCUCAAAAGGAAGUCAAGUCUGGAGAUGAGGGGUACACAAGUGAUAACUCAGAAACCGAGAAGGCGCGUGAUGCUCCGGAGGGUUACACAGACUCUGAGGCGGACUCGGAUGAUUCAAGCUCUGAUACUGACAGCGAGGAUGAAGACAAAGGAAAGAUGAAGGCCACUAUGGGAGCAGGUGGCGGAGGUCUCACUAAUGCAACUAGUAAGAAGAGGAAAGCAGAAGAAGGCCUUGGGCCAGAGGGGCUGGCUCUUGCGACAAAGAUGAUUCACUCAAAGAAGGCCAAAAGAGACAUCAUGGAUACUGCAUGGAAUAGAUACAUGUAUGGUGAUGAAGAUGACCUCCCCGAAUGGUUUAUGCAAGAUGAAAAGAGAUUUAACCAGAUCAGAAUUGAAGUGGAGCCCGCUGACCUUAGAAUGUAUCGUGACCGUACCAAGGACGUCAAUGUUAAAACCAUAAAGAAGGUGGUGGAAGCUAAGGCAAGGAAACAGCGUCGUAUAAAGAACAGAAUGGAGAAAGCAAAGAAGAAGGCCGAAGUAAUCACUAACAAUGAAGAAAUGUCACAAAGAGAAAAAGCUCAAGAAGUUAACAAGUUGUAUAAGAAGGCGAUGGAACCCUUGAAGAAGAAGGAAACGAAGUAUGUAGUGAUGAAGAGAAGAAACCUUGGACACAAACCCAAAGGCAUAAAAGGACCAUACAAAAUGGUGGACAAGCGCAUGAAGAAAGACAGAAGAGCAGAGAAAAAAGCUGCAGCCAAGAAGGGGAAACAUGCGAAGCCUAAGGCAAGGCCACAGAAGAAGAAAGGCAAGAGAGCAUAGGAAAAUAAUGUUAAAAAUGUAUAAUGUACUGUAUAUGAUGUUGUUGACGAUUUGUGCAUGCUAAGCAGUUGUAUCAGGGUACAUUUGUAUUAAUGCAUAGAAUAUUCCCUUGAAAAUCUACUGAAUGAAUGUAUUUUAAACAAUGCAGUGUGCGGUUGUAGUUAUGUGUGUUAAUUAUCUCAUGUAUUUGUCAUAAGUUAAUAAAUGUUACAGUUUAUAUAGGGCCUGCAUAAUUUCUUAUCAUAUUUCAAGGUACUUAUUUGUUUUCAUUCUAUUUUAUUGUGCUGGCUCUCAAAAUUUUUCAGAGUAAAAUUAUUUUUUUGUAUGUCAUAGUGUAUAAAUUAAGAUUUUU